AUGUCUGCCUCUCCAACCUCCGCCGUCGCGUCGACAAAACGCCCCCUCGAGGACCCCUCUUCACCAUCGGGACCUACCGAUCAACCAGAUGCCAAACGCCCAGCUCUGGACAAAGUAGUAAAGGGGGAUGACGAAGAAUCUAAGCUUCCACAAGAAGCUGAAAGCACUGCAACAGAAGCAACCAAGGCUGAGGCUGCACCGCUGCCCGCUGCCGCUGCCACCGCCGGAGAAAAUGGUGUGAAGGAUGAGCAAGGUGACUUAGUUGUUCCUGAUGCCCCUAACGCCAAUGGCAAGGGCACUGCUGCUCAAAUACUGGAGACUCAGCCGAUUCAAUCCACAGCUUCUCAGAAUGAUAGAGCUUCAUCGCAACCCCCGUCCCAGCAUACUACCCAAGAUGAGAGUGGAUGGAUCCAUAUUCGUGCUGUAAUCUCUAGUGCUGAAGCAGCGACUUGUAUUGGUAAAGGAGGUGAAAAUGUUUCUCAGAUUCGUCGCCUAUCUGGUGCCAAGUGCACCGUUAGUGACUAUUCCCGUGGUGCCGUCGAAAGGAUUUUGACGGUCAGUGGCAUGCAAGAUGCAGUUGCCAAGGCUUUUGGUUUGAUCAUCCGCACCCUGAACAAUGAACCCCUAGAGGCACCAUCCACAGCUCAAUCAAAAACCUACCCCCUCCGUCUCCUCAUCCCCCACCUCCUCAUUGGAUCCAUCAUCGGCAAGUCUGGAGUUCGCAUUCGCGAGAUCCAAGAGGCUUCUGGUGCCCGUCUUAAUGCUUCCGAUUCAUGUCUUCCCCUCUCCACUGAACGGACCCUUAUUAUCCUUGGUGUUGCUGACGCAGUUCACAUCGCAACCUAUUAUGUUGCUGUUACUUUGGUAGAACAACUGACUGAAAGAUUUGGCGGUCCUGCAGCUUCCGCUUACGCAACUCGUAGCGGUGGGCCUGCCGGUGUCGUCCCAGGAGGUAUGCAGGUAGUUCCGUACAUCCCCCAACCCGCUGGUGGACAGUAUGGCCACCCAGAUACCUUCAAGAGACAUCAACCCCAGGGAACCCGCGCUGUAUCUACCGGUGGAUAUGGCGUGCCGUACGUCCACGGCCAACCCGGCCAACCCCAAAUGCCCCAGCAAGCACUCCACUACGGCGCAUCCUCCCGUCCCGGCUACACAGGAGCUGGCCCCCACCAGCCAUCGCCAUACGGCGCACCUCAACAGAGUCAAGUCCAUGGUGCACCUAGCUCUCAGCCAGUUGGAGGUGUGGUUCCAGGAGCACCGGUGACACAGCAGAUUUUCAUCCCCAACGAUAUGGUGGGUGCGAUCAUUGGUAAGGGAGGGGCUAAGAUCAAUGAGAUACGCCAUCUUAGCGGGAGUGUGAUCAAGAUCAAUGAGCCUCAGGAUAACAGCAAUGAACGUCUCGUCACCAUUACAGGAACACCCGAAUGUAACCAGAUGGCUCUCUAUAUGCUUUAUUCAAGGCUAGGUAUGAUAUUUUGCAGCUUAACUGGAGUUUUAAGCCUUUGCUCUCGAUAUGCAAUAAUAAAACGGCUGCUUUCGCUCUGUCUUAGCGGCGAGAGUGGUGGAGGCGCACAUGAGAUAGCGGAAAAGGAGCACGGUCUGUACAGCUUGGACCAUGGGAUGCUGAAUUUACCUAGCCUUGUACCAGAGGAAAUGUGGAUGAAUAUGGGAUAUUGGAAGAACACAACAGAUUUUCCCCGCGCCUGUGAGGCAUUGUUGGAUAAAAUCCUGCGAACCGCAGGUUUGGACGUUGAAGCCAAUACUACCGACGACAUUGAUAUUGACUCCUUGAUCAUAACCGAGAAGCCUCAGGAACGGCAAAGGAGCCGGAAAGAUGGGGAUGGGGCACCAACAAGAAAGAGAAGAAGAGUAAUUUUGGAUGCUGGAUUUGGCUGUGGUGAACAGACAUUAUAUUUGAUGAAAAAAAGAGAGGCUGGUGUAAGUGAUCGUGGUGAUGAUGAUGAUGAUGAUGAUGUUCCGAAAGGAAUUUCGAGCACAGCCCAAGGCAGGUUAGAGGAUCCCGAUGGUCAAGCGAGUUCACCACUGUUCCAUCACUACAUCGGCAUCACGAUCGAGAAGAUGCAGUACGAAUUUGCUAAGUCUAGAGUUGCUGAAGCAGGAAGGAAAUGCAACGCUGCAACAGAAGAUAAUGAACUUGUUGAAAAUGGUGUAAAUAGGGGUAAGGGAUUGGCAGGAGGAACCGUGGAGCUUUUCUGCGGAGAUGCGGCUAAACCAUCCGAUUGGCCGGAAGAUAUACAGCGGUCGAUUUCCAAUGCUUUUCGUCAUACAAAGCAUCGUGAGGGCAUGGAGAAGGAAGAAAUAUUUUGGAGAGAAACGGAUGAGGAGCGCUACGUCCUUGGUCUGGACACGUUAUAUCACUUCAGCCCCUCACGAAACGAGCUCUUCAAGUACUCGCAUUCCACUCUUCGCGCAUCCUUGCUAGCUUUUGACCUCUUCCUACCCCCGAAACCGCAAUCUUCCUCAUUCCUUAUGACGGUAAAAAGAAUGAUAAAUACAUUGGCCCUACGUUGUCUCACACCUGCCCUUUGCGCCCCGUUUUCGAACUUUGUCACUCCAGCCGAAUAUAAACGGCUACUGGCAAAAGCUGGCUAUGCGCCUGAAGAUAUCCGGUUUGAAGAUAUUACGGAUGACGUAUUUCCAGGUCUCGCGGCAUUUUUUGAGCAAAGAACACGAGAGUUGAGUGCCUUGGGCCUGCAAGGGUUUACAAAGUGGAGGAUUUCUGGGUGGUUGUUUCGUUGGCUAGCAGGCGGAGACGUGCUCAGGGCAGGGAUUAUCGUUGCUAAAUGGCACCGUAGCCCUGAGGAUUGUGCGAAUAGGAUACAUAGUUUUGACCUUCAGGUCCAGCAUCCGGUGGAGCAAAGUCGCUAA